AUGUGGCCUCUAGGGGCCAGCUUUGUAGCUCUUCCCCUCCUGGGGCCCAUCCUGGUUUGGCUAUUUACCUGUCAUCGAAUACCUGGUUGGUGUGAGGUCCCAAAGAAGCUAUCCUGGUGCCCAUCCCACAAAAUCUUGUUACUUGUAUGGACAACCAUCUACUCAAUCAUGGGCUAUGCCUCCUACCUGGUGUGGAAAGACCUGGGAGGGGGCUUUGGAUGGCCCCUGGCCCUGCCUCUAGGCCUUUAUGCUGUACAGCUCGCCAUCAGCUGGAUCAUCCUGAUCUUCUUUUUUGUGGUCCACGCCCCUGGUCUGACCCUGUUGCACCUGCUGCUGCUCUAUGGGCUGGUGGUGAGCAUGGCAUUCAUCUGGCAUCCCAUCAACAAGCUGGCAGCCCUGCUCCUGCUGCCCUACCUGGCCUGGCUCACCAUGACUGCUUCUAUUGCCUACCACCUGUGGAGGGACAGCUUUUGUCCACAGAAUCAGCCUCAGCCCCCCCGGGGGAGAAGAACACCUGAGGCACUAGGGCAUGGGAGAGGAGGGAGGAUGGCCCGGGCAGGGCUGGAAGAGACUAUAUAG